AUGACAACAGUAAACUCGCGAGGUGUGCCCAUUUUAUUGGCUGGGUCUGGAUCAACUCGAUGCUCUGGAAGAGUUGAAGUUUAUUAUAAUAACAUCUGGGGAACAGUCUGUGAUGAUGGCUGGGGCUUAAAUGAUGCUCAGGUGGUUUGCAGACAGUUAAACUGUGGGUCAGCACUACAGGCUCUUCAGAUGGCUUACUUUGGUGCAGGAACUGGACAGAUUUGGCUUGAUGACGUGGUCUGUUCAGGAAGUGAAAGUUCUCUAACUGAGUGUCAGCACAGAGCAUUUGGAUCACACAACUGUGUACAUGGUGAGGAUGCUGGUGUCAUUUGUUCAGGUGUGCCCAUCCGAUUAGGUGGGUCUGGAUCAACUCGAUGCUCUGGAAGAGUUGAAAUUUAUCACAAUAACAGCUGGGGAACAGUCUGUGAUGAUGGCUGGGACUUAAAUGAUGCUGAGGUGGUUUGCAGAGAGUUAAACUGUGGGUCGGCACUACAGGCUCUUCCAUCAGCUUACUUUGGUGCAGGAACUGGACAGAUUUGGCUUGAUGAUGUGACCUGUUCAGGAAAUGAAAGUUCUCUAACUGAGUGUCAGCACAGAGCAUUUGGCUCACACAACUGUGUACAUGGUCAGGAUGCUGGUGUCAUUUGUUCAGGUGAGAAAACAUUUAGAUACUAA